UCCCUACAACACCCCAUACCUCCAAAAUAAAGAACCAAUUACUACACAAACUCAAACUUUUAGAUGUUUGUGUUCCCCUUCAUUGGAGAUCUCACUCAAAACACUAACUUCAUAAAACCCCAUACUUUAAUAUUCAUUUCAAAUCUCAUCAAGUUAUGGAUUCAUCCACCAAACUCCAAUGGCAACCACCACCACCACUACAACCACCACCACCGCCGCCACCGCCAAGCCACAUUUCAUCAACCUCGGAUUUCCCUAUAGCAAUAGCAUUAUUAGCCAUUAUGGCAGUAGCCAUCCUCCUUAUAAGCUACUACAUUUUCGUAAUCAAGUGUUGCUUAAAUUGGCAAAACCUCGACCCUUUACGAAGGUUCUCGAUUUCGAGGACCCCACGUAACGACGAGGGGUCCAUUAUCUCGUUCUCCCCGAUGAUGGAACCCUUCCAUCAUCGGGGACUCGACGAGUUUCUCAUCAACAACAUCCCUUCAAUACAAUACAAGUCCGCCACCCAAGGCGGCACGUUAGCCGCCCUAGGUGGUGGCGGCGGCGGCGGUGGUGGUGGAAGUAGAAGUUUUAGAGGUUGCGCCGUAUGCUUAAACAAAUUCGAGGAGAAAGAAAUGCUAAGAGUUCUUCCAAGGUGUAACCACACAUUUCACUUAGAUUGCAUUGAUGUUUGGCUCUUAAACAAUGCAAGUUGUCCUCUUUGUAGGUCAAAUAUUUCAGGAAGGAAGACUAAAUACCCUCUCAUUGCACCGAGUUCUUCGCCUCAAGAAGAACUAAUCAUCUCCCCUAAUAAUAUGUUUAGUGGGAGUUUAAGCAUGAUUAGCUUAAACGGGGAUGAUGAUCAAGAUUAUUUAGUUACUGAAGAAUCAUCGUCAUCGUGGAAGUUGAAUAAUAAUAAUCAUAAUAAUAACUUCUCCAUUAUGGGAGAUGAGUGUAUUAUUAAUGUAAGGGAGAAAGAUGAGCAAUUUGAGGUGCAACAACCAAUUAGGAGGUCUUUCUCAAUGGAUUCGGUUGCGGAUCGUGGGUUAAUCUUGCAAGUUCAAGAGAUUAUAAGGAGGAAUCAUAGGCAAUUAUAUGAUAAUUGUAAUAAUAAUGAGGUUAGUAUUAGUUUAAAUGAAGAGUGUAACCAUAAUAAUGUUGGUAAUGGAAGGAUUAGGAGGUCGUCUUUUUUUUCAUUUGGUCAUGGUCGAGGUUCUAGAAGUUCUUCAAUUCUUCCUAUUGAGUGUGAUCGAUGAUGAUCCAUGGAUUUCUUCAAUCUUGUAAUUUGAUCUCUCUAUAUAACAUUCUAUUCAUUCAAUUGUUCUUAUAUAUUUUUUGGUGUUAACGUACACCCGGUUCACCCAUUGGGCUAAUCUGAAUUCGGGGCGAGUUCUGGAUGGAUAGGUUCUCGGUUCAAUUGUUCUUAUAUAUUGGGAAUGUUUGACAAUCUGCUGGUGAGUGUUUUACUUAGUUUGUUUGACUGGUUUUUGUGUUGAUUUUU